AACAGAGGAACAGCAGUUUUUGAUAAGUUGCUUUCACUGAACUCGGAUUAGUCUUUCUAAAUAUUAUUAUUGUAUAACUGUUCCAAUUAUUUAUCUGAAUUGUAUAUUUCUUAUUAUUCUUGUUAGCCCACCUUAUUUCGGAUUCUUAUCGAAAUGGAGCCUGAUAAUCAAUCCAAUCAGUCGCGUGAACGUUCUAUUCCAAUAACAACAACUCAAGGUAACAUGACUACUACACACUUUCCUUUAACAUCAUCUUCGUCUUAUUCUGGUGCCUCGAGUCCUUUCAACUCUGCUAGGAAUGAUAUAUUUAAUCAAUUUCACCAAUUUAGAAAGAAUCAACAUCCAGACGAGAUGUUUUCCGAUAGUACAUUUUCAUCUCUUAAUCAUCCACCAAUGAAUUUGGCUUCUAGACAUGGAGAUUUUUUUUCUCAUGGGCACAGAGAUGAAACUGACGACGGUCAAGAGUCACAUCAACCUCGGAUUUUCAACAUCCCAAUUCAGAUAGAAACAGCAGAGGGAGUUGUUCCUCUUUCAAGAACCAACAGUCAUUCUCCAAGCUCUUCGCAGUAUCGGAAUCAAAGCUAUCAUGCAUCACCAACUCCUGGUGGUGGUCCCAUCGGCUCUGCAUCUUCCAGUCCAGUUCCAGAAAGAGUUGGUGAACAGAGCAGACAACGUCCUGGUCCAAGUCCUACUCCACCGCCUAAACCUAAGUUUAUUCCUUCUUUUAAGCCUGAAGCACAGAGCUAUGCUCAACCCCAACACUCUCAGUUCCAUCGUGUGCACACAAUUCCAGUCAAACUUGAAAAGAAUUGCAAGCCUAGUGAGCCUAUGUCUUAUUCUCCUAAUCACAAUGAAGAAGUCAGACAAACCGUUCCUGUUCAUGACCAAAAAGCAUCAGCUGAAGCAAGAUUUGGUCGUGAUUCUCCAGACUCUCAACAAUCCGGUGGACCACAUGUUGUUAAUAUUCCUAUAAAUCUUGAAAGUAGCCAGUCCGGUGAAAGUAAAAGUAAAAUUUCAGAUCGAGCUGGUUCCGGUCAAUCAAAACCAGUUGGUGAUUUUACAAAAGAAUCUUUUGAUUCACUUGAUUUGGUCAGAAACGUUGAAAAAGAAACCUGUAGACUAGAAAAGGAGGUGAUGGAGUUUGCUGGAGAAGGACAAGAUAAAAAUUAUAGAUUUUUAGAUGAAAUGCUUACACGUUGUAUGCUUAAACUUGACAACAUCGACUCUCAUGGCCGUGAAGAUGUUCGAUCUGCACGAAAAAGUGCUUUGGCUCAUGUUGAUCGUGUCAUCGCUAUUUUAGAGAGCAAGGUUUCCAAAUCUCAAACAGUUGAGAGUCAAAUCGAAACAUUAGCAGAUAAAAUUGAAACCGAAUGUAACAUGCAGCAACUGUCUGACGCAGCUAGUUCAAUGGAUUCCGAGCCAGAAGAGACUCAUAAACAGGGAGUUAGUGAAAUUUCUGAGUCCGUAACUGGACAGGACAACGAGCCUGAUGAAAUGGAGAUUGAAAGUGGCACCAGUCAAUCAAAGAAGAUAUCAGAUGAACAAAUCGAUACACAGGACGAGGAAACUAAUGAUGAAGCCAUUGAGGAGGACCCAGCAGGCGAUGAUGGUUUAAGUAAAGAUUUUAAUAAUUGUAAUAAUUUUCAACUUAGUAACAAAAAUAUUUGCAGAACAACAGAAGAGGUCAUCAUUGAAGAAAUGGAUAAAGAGGAAUCUCCAGCGGAGCCGUCCAAAAUAAGCUGCAAAGAAGCUGUUGGUAGGAAAGCUUUCAAUGAGAUUGACUCAAUGAGACAAGAGACUUUGGAUACUUUCGACACAUCACAUUCCAAUGAACCUAAGGUAGAUUUUCCUCCAGAUGAUCAAUCAGAUGAUCCAUAUAAUAAUGUUAUUAAAGAACCCAUGGAUAUUGAAGGUGAUUCAAUGGAUAGCUGUGAAGAUUUGGUUAAUGCCAAAUCUGGCAAACUUUGCAUUGAAAUUACAUCAGCUGAUACGGAUGGCUCAAAUGUAUCUGAUGAUGUCGAUAUUCAGCCUUUGAUAGAGCUCUGUCAAUAAUCGUGCAAAUUACAUUUCUAUUUUUACUGUUAUUGUUGAUUCCAUCUGAUAUGCUAAAUAUCAUUCUGAUACUUUUGAAUAUCAACCAAGAUUCAUUAUCAAAUUGGAUCUAUAAAAGCCAAAAGAUCAUGUUAAUGAAAAUGGAUUAGAGUAUAAAGUGAAUAAGUGACAUAAUAA